GUCCCCUUCAACCCGGAAGUAAAUAUCCUUACAGAGUAAACACGUGGAUUGUUGAGGCGCAUGUCGUUGAAAUAACAGUAUUAGAAAUCAUGGGCAAAUCCAAGCAAGUAGGCAACCACAAAAAUGGCAAAAAGAAGAACAUUGCAAAGACAUGGAAAACAAAGCGAAGGACAAAGGACUUGGACCAGAUCCACACUGACAUGAUCCCUGACAAUGCAGCCAAACUCCUGAAGCAGGAAGUGGACUAUGAUGUCACUGGCUUCGCUCAACACUACUGUCUGCACUGCGCGCGCUACUUUGUUGACCUGAAGGCCCUGAAGGAGCAUUUCAAAACCAAAGUCCAUAAGAAACGGAUAAAGGAGCUGAGAGAGGAGCCGUACACUCAGGCUGAAGCGGAGAGGGCAGCAGGGAUGGGCUCGUACGUCCCACCUAAGAAGGUCGAUGUACAAACACAGCAGGUGGAAGAGGACAUGGAGUGAAAGGCAUACGUCGUCUCAGCACCACUGUCACAUGAAGACCUCUUUCAUCAUAUUAGACUCUGUUUCACACAAGGCCCAUUUGGUUUUUUAAAAUGGAAAAUUCAGAUCAUUAACGCCAGAAGCAUGUGUUUUAUUUGUUGCGCUGCACAGUGAGUGUGUUGUAGUGAUGAAAAGCCUGAGAUGUGUUUGUAGUGCACUGACUGAGAAAGUUGUGAUUUACAAGUUAUCUGUUAAUCAAAUCCCACCAUAACGCACCUAUUGUGUGUGUGUGUGUGUGAGAGAGAGCACUGUGGGAUUAUUCUGUGUCAGGAAUAGACUGGAGUGUAAACACAAAACGCUUCAUAUGUAAAUUCCUAUGUAAAUAAAUUGUGAUGUCAUAGUUGGCAUGUGCUCUGCAUAUUUAAAUUUAUGUGUACAGUAUGUAGCUAUUUCUUCUGCAUAUCAAAGGGGCCUUAAUCUUCAUAAAUUAA